AGACAGCCGCCCGCGGACGGUUAGCGCACAUCUUCGGGGGGUCGAGAAUCGAUAGUCGGUAUGCGGUGGUGCUGCGGGCCGGCUGGGCCCGCUACGCCCCUGCUCGAGGCCCCAGCAGAGGCCCUAAACGACGCUUUUGGGCCAAUGAGUAUUCGCCCACAUAAUACGGCGCUAGUGAUUAGCGAAUCCGAGCCGGAAGGCGCAUUUUUGGAUCGUCUUCGUGCUCUCGGUUGGUCCAUCAACGUCUCACCGGUCUCGCAAGCCGUCUGUUCUGUACAACAACUUCGACCUAUUCUUUUGCUACUCGAUAAUCGUAUUCCGGAACUUCCGACGCUGUCCAGAAACUUACAUCAACACACAACCGAAGACGUCUUUUUUGUGGUCAUCGCCGACAGACCGAUUGGCGAGAAAAGACGAAAAGCGUUAGCGCAAGCAGAGAUCAUACAUGCUGUGCAAUGGUCGUCUCGAGACACGUCACUUGUCGAGUUCGUUGCUCGUCUCGCAAACCGAAUACGCGUCAUGCCGGCACUUUUUGCCGUUUUGGAUGAGGCUGAUCAAGCGGUUGAGGUAUGCGAUGAAUCGAAAGUGGUCCAAUAUGUAAAUCGCGCCUAUGAAGCCGUUACCGGCUGCCUCAGGGGGGAAGUUGUUGGUCAACCCGAGUCGGACUUACGGCGGAAAUCGUUGCCAAAACCUCGCGACGACGGGAUGAUGGAACGACGUCGUAGCAGUAGCGAUUGGAAAUGUAUUCGAGUGCCUACCAGUUCACAUAACAACCAAUACGUGUAUAUGAAGAGGCGAAGUACCGACACGACUAUGUAUCGAGAUGUAUCAUUGAAGAGUGUUCGAUCACAAGCUGGCCUGGUCGAAGCUCCAAUAUCGGAAGUUCUUUCUUUGUUACGGGACGCAGCCGCACGGGUGGAAGGUGAUGCUGCACAACUUGUAAAGGAAGCUGUCAAAGUUCUAUCUGCACAUGAGCUCUAUGCACCAUCAAUAACACGUUUUCGUGAUAAUGACAGAAUAGCAACGCAAUACUAUGACGGCCUUAUUCGGCUACAUCAUCCAUCGAGACAACGAAAACGAAGUGUUGUCGAUGCUUAUCGAGAGAAACGAGGUUCCCAUGAGCAACAACGACGACGCGUAUCAGCAGAUGUAAAAAAUGCACUGGAGAACGAUAGCGAUUAUACAUUUGAUAUUUUACAAUUGGAGAAAAUCACUGAAAACCAUGCCCUCACUAAUUUAGGAGUUAAGAUUUUCGAAAGGUGGAAAGUAGCUGAUGCGCUUAGCUGUAAUGAAGAUAUCCUCCAUCGAUGGCUAUGCACUAUUGAAGCGCAUUAUCAUGCUGGAAAUGCCUAUCACAAUGCUACACAUGCAGCCGAUGUUCUACAGGCCACGUCGUACUUCUUAGACUCACCUGCCGUAGCGGCUCAUAUAUCUGAGCAUCAUGCUGUAGCUGCCAUUCUAGCUGCAACUGUUCACGAUCUUGAUCAUCCAGGUCGAGGUAAUGCAUUUCUAAUCAAUACCCGGCAAUCGCUUGCCGUUUUGUACAAUGAUCACUCGGUGCUUGAGAAUCAUCACGUAGCGUUGGCCUUUCAACUUACUUUACAGCAGAAUAAUAAUGUCAAUAUAUUCUCUAAUCUUUCACGUGAAGAAUUCACAUCGAUGCGACAUGCAAUGGUUGAAAUGGUGCUGGCAACGGAUAUUAGUAGGCAUUUCGAAUAUCUCGUCAAAUUUAAUAAGAUGAAUGUCGUUGAUGUGCCGGAUGAUGCAAGGGAGGGUAAUUCGAUGACGAUAUGCAAUAUGUUGGUGAAAUGUGCCGACAUCUCAAAUCCAACCCGGGAAUGGUCGCUUUGUCAAAAAUGGGCUUAUCGAAUCGUCGAGGAGUAUUUUGAUCAAACAAAAGAAGAGCGUGAAAAAGGCCUACCAGUAACUAUGGAAGUGUUCGAUCGAAAAACUUGUAACGUUCCUUUGACACAAUGUGGUUUUAUAGAUAUGUUUGUACGCGAAGCCUUUGUGAAUUUUGCCGAGUUUGCUAACUUGGGUCAUCUGUCAACACAACUCGAAGCUAACUAUGACCAGUGGAAGAGCCAAUCAUCAUCAUGGACGCCGUCCAACAAUCUCGCCUUACAUAUCUGAUAUUUUAUUCUCAAAGCAUGUAACGCUAUGACUCACAUAUAUUGGGACAGUGCCAAAAGUAUCUGGCUAAUUUCUUGAAUCGCUGCCAAUUCUUAUCACUCGGCUCAUGGUUCUCUCUUUCGUCUAGAAAGCUGUGACUUAAUCUAUUCAUUAUUUACUUACUCAACCUCUAGUGUAUAUUUAGUUUUCCAAUUUUCACUCGUACCUGUUCUUUUAACUACUAAUCAAGCGUCCCGGAUCCCGGAUGCAUUCUGCGUCUAUACUCACACUCACUUUGUCGCUUCAUCUCUUUGACUCUAUGUGUACUUCUCUAGCCAACAUUCUCUCAUUUCACACCGAGAAUCCUCUCCCCUCUCCUCAUCUCAUCUGUAUCCCUUUUAUACGGUGAAUUGUUGAAUGAUGGCUAAAGAGUGGUGUGAAUUAAUAGUAGCCGUUAUAUACGACUGUUGUUUGGUUGAUUUAUUUUCAUUGCAAAUCAGGUUGUUGUAUAGUUUUUCUUAUCUAAUGAUAUUGCUUUCUCCAAGGGUUUUUUCGUCUGUCUAGCUUUACCGUUUUGCCUUUAUCGUGAUAGCUUUUCCUCGUAUUCGUUGUUUUUCUCAUGCAAUACUCUGCGCUUUGAAUCAGCCUGGCUUUAUCGAAUCCUCGUCCUACCUUGCUAGUCCUGUGCGCUUCUAUGCAAGCAUGUUCACUCUCACUGCCCAUGCUUUAUCAGUUUCUUUUAAGAAUUGUCAAUGCAUCUAGUCAUCGUUUGAAAACAACGACUAAGUCGGUUCUGGUCAAUAUCUUAUCAUUUUUACAAACUCCCGAUAAUAUAUUGUCAGUCACUAAUUCAGUCUUGCUAGUCGUCCUCCAAAAACUGUCACCACCGACGCUCAUUAGGCGAAUUUUUUGAAAAUCUGAGGAACAGUAAUCUUGCCAGUGGAACGCUAUUUUAUCCUAAAUGUGAUUUAGUGAAUUACUGCAUGAUCUUGAUUACUAGUUUUGUCUGAACUUAAACUGUUAAGUUAUUUUUAUCCUCGAAGUAGUCAGAGGCUCGGCUUUUUAACGAGCUAUCACCCCAUUUUGCUCACUGUUUAUCAUACAUUAUCGAACUUUUGUUUGUCUUGCCAUGCAUCAUUUUUCAGAGAAUGUACUUUAUCUUUAAGUCUGUUUCAAAUUUUUGUUAAAAACUAUUUAUUGAAUUGCACUGGAUUGUUUCAUCUAC